GUAUCUGAAAAUAGCUGGCAGUUUUUCUUCUGUUUUAGAGUCUCCUGAAAUAACGUGGUUCUAAGUUCUGCCUAAAUUCGUGCCACAUGUUUGUUGUUCCACACUCUACAUUCUUCUGAUUGUUAAAUGAUCGUGUUACUGUACACAAAUUGUGUUUUCGAUGCAACUCUAUAUCCCCUCUAUCCAUCCAUUUAUGAAUCAUCAAAUAUCAAGCGAGACCUAUGCUGCGAGAUCUAUAUUGCGGUAGGACGCGGCUAAAUGGCCGGAUACACACAGAUUAUUCAAUUUAAACGAAAUAAUAGUAGUGUUGAGUGGGCCAAGAAAGAAUUUGGAUGUUGAGGUAGGCACAGGGGACGACAAAGAAUAGGACAGGAUGGUAGGGAGGCGAGAAUAAAAUGGAAGAACGGUGGAACAGCAAGUCAUUUGUACGAGACGCCGAAUAUAAAUACCAAAGACCAAGUUAAAAAGUCAGUAGUAGAGGAGCGGACCCAGUAUUGUGAGCUGUCACAUAUACCAGCCUUGAUACCAGCCUGACACGGAGAAGACUCUAUCGUAAGAUCACAUCUGCGAUCAUGGAAAUGGUUGAGGACUACGUAAACGAAGGUAGUAGCAUGCAACGUCGUGACGCCGAGGACGUAGUGCAGGAAUUCUCUUACGAACUGUCAAAGAUGAGAGGAAAAGUGUUGGAUGUCGGUUCGGGUCCUGGAAAUUUUACCAAAAAUAUCCUACUACCGAUCUUGCCGAACGACACAGAGGUAGUAGGCGCAGAUAUAUCAGAAACGAUGGUAAAUUACGCCCGAAAAUAUUCCAGUGAUAAAAGAUUAUCGUACGUCGUUUUGGACAUCGAAACGUCGGAUUUGCCGAGUGACCAAGUCGGGCAAUACGACAAUGCGGUGUCCUUUUAUUGUCUUCACUGGUGCAACGAUAUAUGGCGCGCUUUCGACAAUGUCUACAAAUUAUUACGACAAAAUGGAAAAGCAAUUAUGAUGUUCAUCGGACAACAUUUCGGAUUCGAAGCGUAUUUACGAUUAAAGCAGAAUCCGCGAUAUCAGUCUUAUCUACAGGAUGCGCCCCGUUACGUGCCGUAUUUCCAAAGAAGAAAAUGCAAAGACGUUAGGGCGAGUCUACGCAAGAUGUUACAAGAAAUUGGCUUUGAAAUUCUUCAUUGCAGCCAAAGAGAAAAGAGUUAUCAGUACAGCAAACAGAGCUUAAAAAACCACGUAUGCGCCGUUAACCCCUUCAUCAAACGAAUGCCAGACGAUUUAAAAGGCGAAUUCGUCGACAACUUGCUGAGCGAAAUAAUGAGCCAAAACGUUCUGAUACCCCUCCAAAACAAAAACGACGAAGAAGAAUACGUAGUAUUGAGAUACUACCUUCUAAUAGCGUAUGUGCAAAAACCUGCUGUUUAAGGAUCUCAAAAUUUAUAUUUAUAACAUUUUGGAAUCAGUGUAUUAAUCACUGAUUUACAGUGAUAAACUUAAACAGAGUGACUUUUCACUGCUUUUCAGUGAUAUCAAUUGAAAAAGGGGGGUCAUUGAUUGGAUUUAAUGUAUCAUCACUGAAAGACGAUGCAUGUGUCACUAAUUAAUAUAAUUAAAAGUAUAAGACUGAAAUCAGUGACAUUUCACUGAUUCCGAAAGAGUGUAUUUUUAGAUAAUUUUAAUUGAUGAUUUUAGUUGAUGACAACACAAAAUUAAGAAAUAAAAAGUAAAGCUAUACUGUUGUUAUCUCAUCUUAUAAAAUAAUUGGGGUAAACAAUAUUUUAUGACAUAACAAUUAAAUAAAGAAUACUAAUUAAUUUAACGAAAAUGUGUGCCAACUCUAAACUUCGUAGAGUGAAAAAUCACUCGAGAAAUUGCACAAGCUCAAUUUUCAGUUCGUAGGAGUGAUUUUUUAUCCGAGUGUGGCAAAUGAUUCCAAAAAUUGCACAGGCUCAACUUUCACUUUUUUAGAGUAACUUUUCACUCUACGAGAUUUAGAACGUAAUCAUUCUAUCGUCGAUAUCUCCCUUAAACAAAAUCUUACCUUUCCACGAGCACGUUAGAAAAAAAGUGACGAGAAAGGGAGAGAAAUACAUUACAUUUCGACAGCUUGCCUCCUACAACACUAAACUUUAUGUUUAUAUUGUACGCUAUAUCUUUGAUUUUACAAUAGUACAGCCAUUUAUAGAAUAUCGUUAUUAUAACUUAUGGAUCAUAUCGUACGGAUACAAGAGUGGGCAUUACGGUAUCGAUAUUCGCAUAGCGGGUAACAAUAUUUCUAACUCUGUUCUCUAAAAAAUACAUCCAGGCUUACAAAUAGAGUCUUAAAACCGCUGACAUCAAUCGUGUUUGUUGACAUCCGGCGCGCGCCUCUCGGGAAGUGCGACUAACGGCCCGAAAGGUCAUACGAGCAAGUUCAUAUUAAUCCCUCGCAGUAUCCACGUAUAGCGGUAAUUAAUCACACGAUUAUUUCCGCAUGAUCACACAUACACACGCACACACGCGUGCACACACGCACACACACGAACACGCACGAACACGCACGCACAUACGCGCGCGCACACAUGCACAAGUGUUUUCUUCAACAGUCGCUCUAAAGGCUGCAAGUAGUCGCACUUCGAGCGAGACAGCGCGACGCGAUCCAUUGAGAUAGAAGAGGACCAAACUUGCCAUUGUGCGUGCCACGGAGAAUAUCCUCCAUUCGUUUGACAUUUCUCCGCAUUCGUUCACAAGCUGUUUUCCAAUUGCGUCACCAGUGACCUUACCUUGACUUCCGCAUAAUUCAUACUAUAACAGCGAAUUCGGAGAAAUGAGAAUCUCACCACGGCGGGACCAGCGCGCUGCGCGGUGCGGUGCGGUGCGGUAAAGGUUCCCUCGGCUGAGCAUGAAUUUUAUUAUUGCAUCGGCGACGGCGACGGCGACGGCGGCGGCGGCGAUCUCUCUCGAUAUUCAAAUCGAGUACUAACAAGCGACGCCGUAGUUAAUCGCAACGGAAAGAUGUAUUUUAAACACCCGCCGCGUGUAAUGUAUUCCGUCUUAUGCUCCUGUGAACGUGAUCGAUAACGCGAAGAACUUUUUUUAACUCUCAUUGUCAGUAUAUUCUAGUUAUCGGAACCUUCCGCAAAUACCCGCCUAUUUCCUACAUUACGAACGGAGGAUACCACCUGUCACAGCGCGCGGCAACCUUCUUUACGAUGUGAUUCCUGCGCCGAUUGCUAUAAUAUUAAUACGUAACAAACGCGCUCACGAGUUCGAGCAGUGUUCCUUUAUAUAAUAAUUGCGAGAGUCGUAAAGCAUCGGAUCUGAUGAGUGUCAAUCUGCUCUCAAAUCUCACCGAUUUGACACCAUGGAAAAAUUUUAACUGUACUGUGGGAUAUAAUGUCGCAAUUCCAAAGAAAAGUAGAUUACAUGAAUACGCAUUAAUAUACGCAUCUUAUUUCGCAUUUUCUUUAUUUUUAUUUAUAGAGCGAGAGACCCGUAAUCGGGAAAUUGUAAAUUCCAAAUAUUUAUACUACUCUAAAGUGCUCGGAAACGUAUAUUCGUUUCGACAGCAAGAUUUGCGAGCGUCUGCAAUCCGGAUGCCUUGCAAUUAAUUUCAUUAUUAGUUAUUUAAUUUUAUUAUAGCUCUGGAUGUGUAUAUCUUAAGAAUGUCGUAGGAAUUAUUCAGUAUACAUUUAUCGAUUACGAGCUAAAUGUCGUAAAUGGUAAAACGGAGUGAGUAAGUAACGCUUUCCUUAGUGUAUCGGUCACUUGGUAGUCUCUUAUUUCGUAGAAAGGACAUCGAACAUCAAAUACGAUUAUUUAGAAAAGAGGGAUUAUACCUGGAUACAGAAGAGCGAAGGAUGAUCGAGGGCAAGGCACAAGUGAGUCAGAGAGAGGAGAAAUUAUUUUUGUUUUUUUUUGUUGGAUGAAAUUUUGUUGGAUUAAUUUCUACGCCUUAAUCGUUUUUCCAUUACGUACCUUUCGUCGCGAUUGAGAUCGGUACAUCGCGAGAUAUACACAUACACACACGCACACACAUAUAUAUAUAUAUAUAUAUAUAUAUAUAUAUAUAUAUAUAUAUAUAUAUAUGUAUAAUAUUAUAUAAUCAGACACCGUCGACGUAAUUAAUCAACUAUUGCUAACAGAAGGACAUCUUAUUUUUAUCGAUACUUUCGCACUUCCUCGCCCAUGUUUAUUUCUCGGAACAGCGCGAUUAAUAAUUCAUUGCCUCUGUAUCUUUCAAAAUUUGAAAAAUGAAACCGGAUGAGCAUUCCGCGAAUCCUCGCUGAAAAGAAUAAUUUCGAAGACACGCGACAACAAAAGUAAAAAUGUAAAAAGAUCGUAAGAUUUGAAUCUACGCACGCAUCGGUUUUUUUUGGAAAUACAGAUGAAUGAGAGAGGAGAAUGUAAUCUCCGCUCUGUAAAACGAGAAAAAAGAAUUCAAGGUUCACAAAAUGUUCAAGCUCUGUAGAAAAUAUGAGCUUUUUUUAUAAAGCAAAUUUAGAUGAAAUGUAAAGUCGUUAAUAGUCGCGAGGAAUCAAUACGCGUUCGUAAGUUCGGAUUUAUAAAGUCGCGUAGAAAGAGAGAUCAUAGAAAAAUUCAGCAGAAAGGAUCUGCGGAAAUCCUAUUCUCUUUUUUUUUUACAGAGUAUUUUUAAAUCCAUAGAACGAGGACACCUUGCAGUUGUUGGUUUAGCGAUCUGCGGAAAAGAAAAAUCUGCAAGUACCUAUAGAAAUAAGAUCUCCGUUCAAGAUCUGAUUUCCUCGUGGAGCCUCAUCGCACAUAUAUCGACGCUUCAUUAAUCACCGCGUAAAAAGUCGCUACGUGACAAGAAAGCGCAGCUGUGAAUUGCCGUAUACAGCUUAAUUCUCGAAUAGCGUUGCCUUUUAAUUGCUCCGUCGGAUAGAUACGCGCAGUGUGUCACUCGAGAGAGCCACGCUUAAUGCAAAUAAGUUCUCGCCGACCGCGUAAGAGAGUGGCGGAGAGAACGCGAAUAGAAUAGAUUAAUUACGCUUUUAAGACCGUUGCUACUUUAGGUACUUUCAUAAUGGGAGAGUUCGUCGUUGGAUUUAGCACGGAUGAAACGCACGUAAUCGAAAAUGCGACACGCGCGGCGACCAAUAAUUACAAGAUUGAACCACGGGAAGAGAGAUGGGAGUAAUGAAAAAAAAAAA